GAGCAAACAACCACACAAGGGAGAAAGAGAGCAGAAAAAGAAUGAAAUCUUGGCGCCAGAUUAUAUCAUCUAUAAUCAUCUUGAUCCUAUGUUUAGGCGGACUCCGUCUUUCCUAUGCUCGCCAUCUUCGUUCGAUGAAGACUCCGAUGCACUCUACGGCUGAGUUCUACGAGUUCUGGCGGUGGAGAAGAUUUGACGAAAAGAGAAUGUUAACGGUGGUGCCCUCAGGUGAUGAUGAUAAGAACGAACUUAUUUAUGGAGUUUCCGGCAGAGAAGCCCCUGCUGGACCAAACCCGCUUCACAAUAGAUAAAAUUCUUAGCAUAAUUAUUUCGUUUUUAAAUUAUAUAUAUAGUUUAGUCUCAGUUCCAGAGAUCCUUUGUACUUUUAUAUACGUAUAGUGAGUUUUGUAUUUAGUUACAGGGAUGGAUUGUUAAACACGAUAAAUCUUAUAUUGUAGUCUCGACGUCUUCUUUUUCACAGUUUCCAUUUUGUUAACUCUAUAUAUUCAAUUGUUCGAUUAUUUUGGGCAUUAGUUUCAAUCUGUUAGUUGACAGAGAGUAUAACAUAUUAAUACAAAGGUC